UCUAUCGACGAAAUUUGCAUUCCUCUUUGCUCCCACUAAGGAGAAGAGGGAGAGGUGGUUUGCCUUCCUCUCCGUCGAUCUCAGAAGCUUGGGUUUCCAGAUUAUUACGUCGACAAACCCUAGCGAUCCCGGGUAUUGUCUUCAGCGUCGAAUAGAGUUAGGUUUGUCAAAAGAUGGAUAGCCUCUGGAAAUUGGGAGAUGAAUUCAGAGGUCAAACAAAAAAUUUAGAGGACUAUCAGUGGUCUGUUAUGACUUCCAAACUGGCUGAACUGACAAAGUCCAAAGUUGGCCGCCAGAAUAAUCUGGAGUACUCAAAAAACUCUAUCGAAGCUAAGCCAUAUGACAAGGUUGAGUUCCACGAGGAUAACAAACUCGAGAGCAUCAAUCUUGGACUUGUGAAUCUGGAUCUGAAGAUAAAUGAUACUUCUGUAAAGAGUCUCUUCCAUGGUGCUUAUAGCAUGAGCAAUGCCUACCAGAAAAGCAACACUAACGAGAUCAAUAGCUUCAAGCUGGACUAUGCAAUUAACAAGUAUGCUAAAAAUUCUGCCAAUAGAGAAGUUAACCACAAUAUGAAUGACAGCAACAGUUUCGACAACAUCAAUGGCAAUAACAACAGCAACAACAUUGAUAAGAGGUUUAAGACAUUACCCUCAACUGAGAUGCUGCCUAGAAAUGAAGUUCUUGGUGGUUAUAUCUUUGUUUGCAACAAUGAUACUAUGCAGGAAGAUCUCAAACGACAACUUUUUGGAUUGCCUCCCAGAUACCGUGACUCAGUACGUGCCAUUACUCCAGGAUUGCCACUUUUUCUAUACAAUUAUACCACUCACCAAUUACACGGGAUAUUUGAGGCGGCUAGUUUUGGGGGCUCUAACAUUGAUCCAACAGCUUGGGAAGACAAAAAGUGCAAAGGCGAGUCCAGGUUUCCAGCACAGGUGAGGAUUCGUGUUAGAAAACUUUAUAAGGCUCUUGAAGAAGAUGCCUUCCGGCCAGUUUUGCAUCACUAUGACGGUCCAAAGUUUCGCCUUGAACUCUCUAUAUCUGAGACCUUGCAGCUGUUGGACUUGUGCGAGCGAGAGGGCAUGUGAACAGCUGAACAAUCUGUUCAUAGCCCGAGCCUCAAGACGUAUCGGGCUUGCUUUAAUGGCUUUAGGGUAAGCAGUAAUUUUGGUUAGUUUACUGAAUUUGCAUCUCCCGCGAUCUGGCAUGCUCUGUGACCCGAAAAGAGUAAAAGCUAGGUACUCAGCUAAAGAGGUAUUGCUAUGCUCCAAUGUAUAAGUAUAGAAUCUGGUGUAGACUUAUCUUUUCUGGCUGCUUUGUUCUUUGCUUUGCUGUUGUCGUGUAAUAGUUGUUGAUGACACAUGAAGUAGAAUGUUUAUGCUUGUUCUCUCUC